AGCAGGGUGGGGGGCCGGGGGGCCCCAGGUGGCCCUGGGACCCCCCCCAUCAUGAGAUAUUCAAAGCAAGUGACCAAUCCAUGUCCAGGUCCUGGCUUUGAAUGCUGCCAGGACCUGGGCGAAUAUAUCUUGAUCUCUCUGGGCCUCAUCAUCUCUGUCAACGUUGGGAUCAAUGUAGCAUUUCUGCUCUGGAGUCGCUUUGGGUGCUAUCUGAAACUUAAAAAAUGUUUUCAGAAAGAUAACAAGCGCAAGGUAGUCCCAUUCAUUGCCCGGAAAGUAUUCAUCUGCAGGCCUCCAGUACCGAAGCAGACAGAAAGAUGUCCUAUCUGUCAGCAGUGUUCUGUCUGUCAGAACCCUCCUGUCUGUCAGAACCCUCCUGUCUGUCAGAAUCCUAUUAUCCAUCAGAACCCUGCUGCCUGUGGCCAAUCCACUAAGAAUCCUGUGACUUCUGACCAGAUCCCCCCAGGAUCCUGCCACCGACACUCACUUUACUCACCAGAACCUAAACAACAUCCAAAUGGCAGUUUUUCCGACAGAGAUGACAGGAAUUUCCAGUAUCAGUCCCCUUGCAAUUAUCAAUAUGAGAGGGACUCUCCAAAGCCUUGGAAAUACCGGGAAGGGACAUUAGCUUGUCCCCCAUUGCCUGAUGACAAUUUCCAACAAUACCCAAGAAAACCUUCCAAGGUGGCAGAAGCAAAGUCCAAGAUGGAAACAGAAACUUAUGUGUAUGGUGUCAACCCCAUACCAUCUGAUGCUGAGUCCCAGAACUUCAAAGAGAAUGCAGAACUAUGCAUGCAUGAAUAUUCCCCCCAGCUCUUCCGUCGAGUUAUGCUCACCCCUCUAAGCUAUAAACCUAUGCCUAUGCCCUCCACAAGCCCUGUGAUGUACAGUGUCUGGGAAGAGGAGGAGGUAUGGGAAACAAAGAGAAGUACUGAGGGCCAGACCAAGACAUACCCUCCAGACUCUCCUGAGAAGCCAAGCCAGGACUGGGUGUACUACUCCUUGGAGGAGGGGUAGUAGAGAAUAAUAAAAUGGAAAAAUAAGAAAUAGGUUUAGUUGAUUUC